UAUAUUAGUUUCUAAUUGGCAUCUUUGACUUUCUGCCUCCAAUGCGCAUGCGCAGUUUUUAUUUCCUCGCCACAUGCGCUGGUUUGAAUCAGAACCGUCAAGUGCGCAGAGAGUCACAGCGCAGAAGCGGAAGUCAAACAUUUUUUAUUUCAUUUCAAACCCAAAAGCCGUGAAAUUAAAAAUGAAACAGCUGAAAUGGGGACUAUAAAUAAACUGUAAUCAACUUGAAACAAUUAUAAAAGAUUAUUUGAGCUCUUGAAACGAAAUAUAAAUAUUUAUUUGCGAGGAAGUGGUUUAAUAUUCUGGUAGGUUCAAUCUCUAAUCUUCCUAAUUUAGUCCGUUUUAUUUUUUAUUUAGAUGCAUCCAUGUACUAAAAAGUAUUUUUUUUUUUUAUGUUUUUAGAAAAACUUCCUUAAUUUAAUUUUUAAAAAGUCCGGUCUAGAGCUUUAUUUUGAAGAAGUAACCGGAUGUAGCCGUCAUGAGACCGGCGCGCGUGACGCUCGUCUCAUCGCGACUGUCGGAAGCGGCGCUGAGCAUCAGAGCGCUGAUCCGUGUCUGUGGCGGGGAGGCGGGCAGCAUGUUGUCACGGCGCCGCGGAUCGCAGCUCGCAGCCCGGUUCCAGAGGCGCGGAGCCGCCAUGGGUUAGAGAGCGCGCGCGCGGAUGGAUUAUCCACUUUACGCACUCCAGCGAGGAUGACGCGCCGCAGAAGGGACUUGUUUUCGGACACACGCUGACAAAGAAGACGGAGCGAGAGGAGAGACCGCGGCGCUUUCUGCCCUCUUCCUUCUUUUAUUGCUUUUUAUAUUUUUAUUUAUUUGUAUUUUUGGUGCCGCGCGCGACAGAGAUGUUUGCAGAAGUGCUGUGCGGCGCCGUGGCUCUGCUCCUGUAUGUCAACACUCUGGAUGCGGAUUUCUGCUACGAUGACAGCCGUGCAAUCAAGACCAAUCAGGACCUCCUUCCAGAGACCCCCUGGACAAACAUCUUUUACGACGACUUCUGGGGCACCCUCCUCACACACAGUGGCAGCCAUAAGUCUUACCGGCCCCUGUGCACCCUCUCCUUCCGCCUUAAUCACGCUGUGGGUGGGAUGGAGCCCUGGGGUUACCACCUGGUUAAUGUGGCCUUCCACGGUGCAGUAACCGUCCUGUUUACCGUCCUGGCUCGCCUGCUGCUGGGAGGAGGGCUGUGGAGCCUUCUGGCAGGACUGCUCUUCGCUUCUCACCCCGUCCACACCGAGGCGGUGGCAGGUGUUGUUGGACGGGCCGACGAGGGUGCUGCUCUGUUCUUCCUGCUGUCUCUGCUGUGUUACAUCCAUCACUGCAGGCUGCGGGGGCCCGAUGGGCCCCUGCGGCUCACAGGGUGGCUCCUGAGCAGUUUGGGAUGUGCGGCCUGCAGCAUGCUGUGGAAGGAGCUGGGAGUCACCGUCCUGGCUGUGUCAGCGUUGUACGAUGUCUGCGUUUUCCACAGACUCAAGCUGCGGCAGAUCGUCACACUCAUCUACAAGAGAAAGAACCUCCCCCUGCUGCUCAGCGUGUUUCUGCUGGCGGCGUGGGGCGUCGUCCUGUUGGCCGCCCGCUUCUACUGGAUGGGCAACAAACCCCCAAACUUCUCCAACUCUGACAACCCGGCAGCCGACGCUCCUUCACUCCUCACCAGGACCCUGACCUUUUUCUACCUGCCUGCUGUGAACUUUUGGCUCCUCCUCUGCCCCAACACGCUCAGCUUUGAUUGGUCGAUGGACGCCUUGCCUCUGGUCAGGAGCCUCUCAGACUGCAGGAACUUUCAAACGGGGGUUUUUUACGCCGCUCUGCUGUUGCUGGCGUGGUUUGGUCUGUGGAAGCAGCAGGCGGUCCAGAACAAGGACGCCAACGGGAAAGCGCAUCACUACGUGAACGGCCGAAACGGAAACAGUAAUGGAUACAGUCAUCAUUGUAACAACACGAGCGGCUCUGAAGAACACGUCAAUAACACCCAAAACGGCACCAAAAAGCCCGGCGAGAGCAGGACUCCUCUGCCCACCACGGAAAACGUGGUGGUGUUCUCUCUGGGCCUGCUGACCAUCCCCUUCCUACCCGCCACCAACCUGUUCUUCUACGUGGGGUUUGUGAUCGCAGAGAGAGUCCUGUACAUCCCCAGCAUGGGCUUCUGCCUGCUGGUGGCGGCGGGGCUGAGGGCGCUGCACAUCCGGCUGCGCCGCAGCUCCUGCAGGAGAGUUCUGGUGUGCAGCAGCGCAGCACUGAUACUACUGUUUGGUAUCAAAACCGUUCUGAGGAACCGCGACUGGCAGAACGAGGAGAUGCUCUACAAGUCAGGGAUCUAUGUCAACCCUGCUAAAGCUUGGGGCAACCUUGGAAAUGUCCUGAAGAGCCAAGGGAAGAUGGAGAGAGCGGAGCAGGCCUACAGAAAUGCUCUGUAUUACCGCAGCAACAUGGCAGACAUGCUGUAUAACCUAGGUUUGCUGCUCCAGGAGAGCAACAAGUUCUCAGAGGCGCUCCACUACUAUAAGCUGGCCAUUGGGAGCCGGCCAACGCUGGCUUCGGCCUACUUGAACACGGGCAUCAUCCUGAUGAACCAGGGUCACACCGACGAAGCCAAGCGCACCUUCCUGACGUGCGCCGACAUCCCGGACGAGAACCUGAAGGACCCGCACGCUCAUAAGACCUCCGUCACCAGCUGCCUGUACAACCUGGGGAAGCUGCUCCAUGAGCAGGGCCAUCAGGAGGAAGCUCUGUCUGUGUUUAAAGAAGCUAUGCAGAAAAUGCCACGACAGUUUGCACCGCAGAGCCUCUACAACAUGAUGGGAGAGGCCUACAUGAGGCUGAACAAGCUGAGCGAAGCCGAGCACUGGUACCGAGAGUCGCUGAGAGCCAAGCCGGACCACAUCCCCGCACACCUCACUUACGGCAAACUCCUGUCCAUGACGGGGCAGAAAGCAGAAGCAGAGAAGUACUUCCUCAAGGCCAUUCAGCUGGAGCCCACGAAAGGCAACUGUUACAUGCAUUAUGGUCAGUUUUUAUUGGAAGAGUCGCGGCUGCUGGAAGCAGCGGAGAUGGCGAAGAAAGCGGCUCGCCUGGACAGCGGGGAGUUUGAUGUGGUGUUCAGCGCGGCCCACAUGCUCAGGCAGGCCAACCUAAACGAGGCGGCGGAGAAGUUCUACGCGCAGGCGGCCGGCCUCAGACCCAACUACCCAGCAGCCUUAAUGAACCUGGGCGCCAUCCUCCACCUCAACGGGAAGCUGCAGGACGCUGAAGCCAAUUACCUGCGAGCGCUGCAGCUGAAGCCGGACGACACCAUCACCCAGUCCAACCUGCGCAAGCUGAGGAACAUCAUGGUGAAGCAGGGCCUGAGGACUACCGGCCCCUGACUUCUGCACGCCAUCUGCACGCCAGACGGCCGGCGAGCUCCGCAAGCGCCUCCGACCUGCAGCGUUCCUCGUCACCACGUGGAGUUUAUGCUUCAACAAUCUUCACGAAGGAUGAACUCAGAGCUGCUUUACUGGUUUAAACGAACGUUCCAUCCAGAAGAUGAAGAAAAUGGAUCAUCUCUAACCCAAUAGUUACUUCAACCGCCCAUCUGCUCUUAGUUUCACAUCCAACGAGUCGCUUUGAUUUGCUGGUGAGAUUACACACACACUUCACAGUGAAGUUCAAAUAAACGAAAGCGCCUGGGAGCUUCCUGCUCUCGGUGAAACGUUUGAAGAAGGGAAUUCGUUAAAUCAUUGCAGGCAAUGAUCAGCUGGAAGCCACAGAAGUCGGAUUUUGUCGGAGUAAAAAAAGAAAAAGUUUCCUUUCAGAAGUGGUGGUUAAGUUAUUAUAGUGUCCAGAAAAUGAUUAAAAAUGAAACUAAACGUUGCUUUGUGGUGCUAAAAAAGGGAUUGAAUGCCUUUAAAAAGGAAACUUGUCAUUUUCUUGACUCAAGGGGCGUCAUGAUGCCGAGUCUCUCGUCCAAUAAUAAUCCAUGACAGCAGCACGACACACGUGUCUAUUCCAACACCUGGCAAGUCUUCAGUUUGUGGAAAAAAAUCCACAAAAACAAGAAAAGUUGUUUUUAUAGACGGGUGAUUCUAGCCGAAUGUUAAAACUUCGCUGAUGCACAACGGAACCAUCAUUUAAGGGAAGCGUGACAUUGUGUUUGUGUCGACUGAAAAUCACACAAAUCUCAGUAGCUGCGUUUCCAUUAGCAUUGGAAUUUCGAUGAUAAAUUCUCUUAAUGGAAACACCACAAUUUCAAAGAAAGUUUUCUAAAAAAAAAAGGUUUUUGCGCUUAGAGGAAGUGGUUUUGGGGGCGUAUCCAAAUAGACAUUUUUCACAACACGGCAAUGAAAACACUUUUGUAAAUAAAUGCUCUUCGUGGUAUGAAGUGUUUUCUCUGAACGCUGCAGAGCGGGCGCCACGACAGCUCAUUAUAAGUUACGCAUCAUACGGAAAUCACGGAGGAGCUGCACCAAGUUUCAUCUUUGCUGCACUUUUCAAGCCGGCAGCCUGAACGAGACGCAGACGUCUCCUUUGAUGAUGAGCGCGAGAGGAUGGAGCUUGUAUUUCCAAACAGGAAAAAAUAAAUAAAUAAAUAAAAAAUCCAGCUGCUCACUUGUUAGAAUGGCAAUUAUUUUAAAAAACGAUUCUCACGCGAUAGGGCUG